AUGUCUUGUUCUUAUUUCUACCUUUCAAUAGUCUUUCUUGUUUUUUCAUCAUCAUGGACUUCUCAUGUUGCACAUGGUGAAAAAUGGUCAUGGUCUAAUACAAGACAUUUAAUACCAUCUAAUUGGACAUCAUCAUUAAAAGCGAAUACUAAUACAUCAAAAAUAAAUCAUUCAGUUUGGUUUAUUUUCUAUUAUCUUAAUUAUUGUAGUUUUUGCAAAAAAAUUCAACCGUAUUGGGAAGUUACUGGCGAAUAUGCAGCAGGUUGGUCAAAAUAUAUUAAAAUAGGUGCACAUGACUGUGCUAGUGAAUCACUAACAGAGAAUGAUAUUUGUCAUGAUAAAGGAUAUCCUCAAUGGCGAAUAUAUUGUCCAGCGACAAAUUCCACUCAGUUAGCUUUUGAUUCAGAUCGGCGAAAUGAAAAUACGAAACCAGAAGACUUUUUAGUAUGGUCAUUAAAAAAAAUGAAUAAAAUUGCACACGAAUGCUAUGGAAAAUCAUGGCCCAUUCGUGAUGUAAUUCAACCACAGACCAUAGAAGAUUUAAAUAAAAUUAUUCCAAGACGUGUCAAACAAUUUCAACUAUUUGCUACAGAUGAUAUUCUACCUUACAGUCUUUAUGUAUUAAAUAAUUCGAAAACUGUAUUUCAAGAGCCAAUUUAUCGUUUGAAUACACAAAAUCCAAUCACACAAGGCAUUGGUAUUUGGAAAGGAAUGAGAAACAAUGAUGGACAAAUAGCACUUGAACAAAUUGAUUCAACAAAUAUAGUGCACAAAGUUGUUUUAAAUAGGAAUAUAAUAGCUGCAGCUGACACAUAUGCAGAAAAAAAAAUCGGUUCUCUAAAACCGACCUUGACCGAUGUUGAUAGUGCUGUUACUUGGAUGAUCAAGAAAGACCUUCAUAGAAAAUUACCCGCUACAUUCGAAGCUGUUAAAGCUUGGCUUAAUGUCCUUCACAUGUAUUAUCCUGGAAGCGCAACGAUGAAUAAUUUUCUAAGUGAUCUAAUUGAGUUUAUGAAUAGUCGUACAACAUUAUCAUCUCAAGAACUUAAACAUUAUAUUAAUUCAAUAUCGACAACCAAAUUACCUAACAUAAAAUAUGAUCAUUGUAAUGGAUCUGAUUCGAGUAAACGUGGUUAUCCAUGUUCAUUAUGGGUCCUAUUUCAUAGUAUGACUGUUAAACAGGCUAUACUUGCCGAAAACAAUAAAUUACCAUCCAAUGUUCAACCAACGGAUAUGAUUAUAUCGAUUCGUGAAUUUAUUCGUAAUUUUUUUCUUUGUGAAGAGUGUGUCCAACACUUUCUUACUGGCACCGCGAAUGCAGAAAAUGAAAUAAAUUCUUUUAGAGAAAAUGUAUUAUAUUUGUGGCGAGGUCAUAACAGAGUAAAUAAAGCACUUCGAGGAGAAGUAGAAUCAAAUGAUCCAGUGUGGCCAAAAGUACCAUAUCCAACCAAACAACAAUGUGGUUCAUGUGUUCUUCGAGUAGAUGAAAAUGAUGAAGCUUUAGAAUAUGAUGAAAAUGAAACUUAUAACUAUUUGAAAGAUUUUUAUGAUUUACAAAAUUUAUCUAAUCAAAAGACUACAGCUAUCAAAACAAAUACAGCAACACAGUAUCAAUGUAAUCAUUUAUUAUCAUUAUUAAUACUAUUUUUAUUCAUGUUCUAUAUCAUCUUUUGA